AUGUCUCUGACCGAUUGCCGCAAUGCUGAGCUGUGUACCAUCACUGACGAGUACACAGGUGGUGAGGCGCGCACGAUUCCCGGCCUGGUCUAUGUUGCGUUUGGCAGCGAUGGCAAUCCCAUCAUCGAGCAUUACUCUGGCACGACAGGGAUAUCGUCCGCCACACGCAUGUCUCCCGACACCAUCUUUUGGCUCGCCUCGUUUACGAAACUCGCAACGUCCGUAGCUUGUAUGCAAUUAGUUGAGCAAGGCGUAUUGAACUUGGACAGCCCGGAGCAGCUUGAAGGCAUCUGCCCGGAACUUCAGGCUGUCAAGGUUCUCCAAAGGUGCCCAGAUGGCACAUUCGAGCUCGUUGACAAGAAUAAAAGGAUAUCCCUCCGAAUGCUUUUAAAUCAUACCGCGGGAUUUGCGUACGCAUUCGAAGACGCCAAAUUGGCAGAGUACGGGCGCCCAGUUGGCUUUGACGACUUUGGCGGAUCUCGAGACGACUUGUUCCAGCGUCCGCUAGUCAACCAGCCGGGUGACAAGUUCCAGUAUGGAACUUCCAUGGACUGGGUUGGGAUCGUCAUCGAGCGAGCGACAGGGCUGGACCUUGAAGACUACUUCCGAGCAAACAUCUUUGCGCCGCUCGGCAUGCACAGCGUCUCCUUCUUCCCAUCCGAGGACGCGAAAGCGAACCUGGCGUACAUGCAUCAACGCUUGAGCGACGGCACGCUCAUCACACAGGAGCAUUUGUAUCGUCGGCCUCUAGUAGGCGGCGGUGAACAGGCUGACGACAAGCGCUUUUGCGCUGCCGGCCACGGCUGUUUUGGCAAGCCAGCCGAGUUUCGAAAAUUGAUCGCUGUUCUCUUAAACGACGGAGUGGACGCAGGCACGGGCACCCGAUUGCUGCAGUCACAAACUGUUGAGGAAAUGUUUACGGAUCAAAUUCCGGACAAGCCCAGGUUCAGCAAUACACUCGUGCCGGUCGCAAAGCCGUGGCUGGCAAAUGCGACACCGCUUUCGCCAAUGCCAGAGGGUCACACGGAGGGCUGGGGGCUGUCCUUUUCCAUCAGCCACGUUGCGGAAGAUGGUGGUCGUGCCGCAGGAUCAGCUUCAUGGGAAGGCUUGGCCAACUUGUUCUGGUUUGCCGACAGGAAGAACAAGGUGGGAGGCAUCAUUGCGUCGCAGAUUCUUCCCUAUGGUGAUGCCGCCGUUCUUGAGUGUUUAGCAAGAGUUGAGAAGGGACUUUAUAGCGCCUUGAAAUAG